GUAGCUGGGGAUCCACAGUCACAGUCUCAAAGCGCCGCGCGCCCGGAGUGCCCGCAGGGCGUGGGGCAGUUCCAAGCCCAGGGAGCCACCCUAUUUCCGGAAGCAUGGCACUUUGGCGGGCAUACCAGAGGGCUCUGACUGCUCACCCAUGGAAAGUACAGGUCUUGACUGCUGGGUCCCUGAUGGGCCUGGGUGACGUUAUCUCACAGCAGCUGGUGGAGCGGCGAGGUCUGCAGGAGCACCAGACCGGCCGGACCCUGACCAUGGUCUCUCUGGGCUGUGGCUUUGUGGGCCCUGUAGUUGGAGGCUGGUACAAGGUUUUGGACCGGCUCAUCCCCGGCACCACCAAGGUGGAUGCGCUAAAGAAGAUGCUGCUGGACCAGGGGGGCUUUGCCCCAUGUUUUCUAGGCUGUUUCCUCCCACUGGUAGGGACACUGAAUGGACUGUCAGCCCAGGACAAUUGGGCCAAACUCCGGCGGGAUUAUCCUGAUGCCCUCAUCACCAACUACUACCUCUGGCCUGCUGUGCAGUUAGCCAACUUCUACCUGGUCCCUCUUCAUUACAGGUUGGCCGUCGUCCAGUGUGUUGCUGUUAUCUGGAACUCCUACCUGUCCUGGAAGGCACAUCGGCUCUAAGCCUGCCUCCCUCCCUCGCUUGCCUUGCAGUCAUUCAGCUUGACCCUGGGAGGUCCGACCACCUCUUAAAGUGGGCACAUCGGUUUUCACAGGGUUUGGUGGCUGGUCAGAACUUGAUGGAGUUAGCCCUCUGAAAUGCCCAUUUCACUCUAAAACGUAACCUGACUCCUGUGAAAUCACUAAAACCUUUAUAAUGGCUUUAUACCCACCGCAUAGUAGGCAUCCCAUAAAUAUUUAUUGAACCAUAUGGUUUUGUCAACUUUAGCUUAUACCCACAUCCCAGUAAAUGUCACUCAUUCCUCCUUUUCAUAGACACAUCUGUUUUCCAAACCCUUCCCAGCCUUAGUGUAGCUCUAGUUUUGGAGGGACCACCCCCUUGAACCCUUUAUAUGGUGCCUCUGUAAAUGUUACUAAGUAGAUAACCUGGAACCUGCAGAAGCAAUAAGACCCAGCAAAAAACUGCUGAGGGGGGGCUACAUUUUCUAGAGCUUGGAAAGAAGCCUGGAGACCACCAAGCCCAAUCUUCUUUUACAGAUGAGGACACUGAGGCCCGUAGAAGUGAGGUGACCUGUCCAUGCUGAGUUAGUGGCAGAGUAGAAACUUGAACCCACAAGGUAUAGUCCGAAUGUCUGUGUACUCCCCAAGUUCAUAUGGUGAAAACCUAAUGCCCAAGGUUGUGGUAUUAGGAGGUGGGGCUUUGGGGAAGUGGUUCUGUCAGGAGGGCUGAGCCCUCAUGGGAUCAGGAUGCUUACAAAAGAGGCUAUGCGAGCACAUGGCAAGAAGGUGCUAUCUCUGAGCCAGAAAGCAUGUCCUCACCAGACACCAAACCCAGUGGCACCAUGAUCUUGGACUUCCCAGCCCGCCAGAACUGUAAGAAAUAAAUAUUUGUUGCUUAUAAGCCA